AUGAUUCAGGGGGGUUUAUUAUAUCACACUGUGGGAAGCGCUCCCUGCCGGGCGGUCCGAAUGUUAGCCAAGGAGCUCGGGGUUGAGCUAGAGUUACGGUGCCUUGACGUAUUCGCAGGCGACCACAUGAAACCAGACUUCCUUGAGAUAAACCCGCAACACACGCUCCCGACCCUGGUUGAUGGCGACUUUGUACUAUCCGAGAGUCGAGCCAUUCUUACCUACCUCAUGAACAAAUACGCCCCCGAGAGUGACCUCUAUCCGCAGCAUAUCAAGGCACGUGCUCAGGUGGAACGGCUUCUCUACUAUGAUAUGGGUAUGCUGUACAAAUCGAUGCUGGACGUUUUUUUGGCUCCGAUUUUUGGCUUUUUUUCUCCUGAAGACUCGGGGGAGCGCUUAAAAGGGGUUCUGGUUUUUCUUGAUGAGCACAUUCUUGGAGAUAAUGCCUACAUCACAGGAGAUAAAUUUACAAUAGCAGACAUCAGCAUCGGUGCCAGUUUAACACUAUUAGAGGCGUUCGAGUUUGGCUUCCCGGACGCGCCACGACUUGAAAAAUUCUAUGAGGAACGAAUUAAAAGCUUGCCUUAUUUCUAUGAAGUUAACGCUGAGGGAAUCGAUGCCCUCAGAAAAGGAAUGCCCCGACAAGAAACUAAGAAUGAGAACGAGAAUAAUAGGGAAGCUGACGCAACACCCGAAAAUGCGGAAGAGGCACCACAAGCUGAUGUCAGGGCAGGACUCGAAACUCCAUCAGUUGAAGGCUGUCAAGCAGAAAAUGCCGAGGAUGAAGAAAUUGUGUGAAGUCCAAAGGGAAAGCUCUGCAGAGCCUUUCAACGUAGCUUUGAUCCGGUCCACGGCGUCAAAGCAGACUUUCGCGCAACAGGUGGCUUGACAAGACCGAGUUCGACUAUGGGUUCUAUCCUACAUGAGGUGCUGCUAUAAUGGUUUGAAAGGGUUGGGAGUGGAAGACGUCAGAUGUUACUAGGGUUCUUAAAUGUACGUUAAAUAAUCAAUCUGAGAAAUGUAUUAAUACGGUACGACAAGUGUAUAAAAUGAUAUGUAUUCGGAUUUCAUAGUUUUCAGAUGUUCUAGUGCGCUCUACGUUUCUUAUCAUGAUUGAUAACAAUGGCAAAUUUUAAAUGGUCCGCUCAUUGAACUGACAGCGACUGUAGACAAUCUAGUAGCUUUUUUUUAUGGCAAGAGCCAUUACUUUGCGGUUUCUAUUAUGAGAAAAAGAAUCCAACUAGUUUUUCUUACCCGAUCAUGCCAUCAACAUUAUUUCCUGUUGAUGGUGAUGAAAAGUGAUAACUGGUCUGCAGAUGAAAUCGACAGUUCCUUAAAUGAUGCAUUUAUACAUCAGAAAGCCUGUACCGGAUUGAUAUAAACGAUCAUAUAACUGAUUCCAAUAAAGGUACACUAGGUUACAGUUAUACAAUAAAAGUAGACGUACAAAGCAAAAUGUAUGGCAUUUCAGGGACAUCAUAGGAUAGGCAGUGUUAAGCAACUUCGGUUAUAUUUUAAUUUAAGACACUUGGCAUGCCUUUAGGAGCAUAGGAACUACGAGCUUACGCAGUGUUUAUUAUUCAUUUAAGCCAAUUCUAGAAGUUCUAGAUACCUUCUUAACUGUGGGGUUUAGAAAUUUGCUCUUUCUAGCUUUCAUACGAUCGUUCUAAAGCAAUUAGUUUCAUACCUGUUUUGUCGCUGUACUAAAACCUAACACGUUUAAGGUUCUAACAAAUGUCAAAGAGUUUUCGUAGAAUUUAUAUAUUUGAAUAGUUUUUUGUGUCUUUUGCACAGAAGUGAAGUGUGAUGCCUCUCAUCAACAUUAAGCGACGUCUAUCUGGUGUAGAAUCAACGUACCCCGUAUGUCUGUCAGAUAUGUUAAUUAUUAGAGUGCGCCUGCAGCUAGAUUUAUCGAAAUCUAGCAAUAACUAGUCAAGACAGGGCUACUUGUAUGUUUCGGUUCUAACAAAUGGCUGAACUGAGUGUAGAUGCGUCUGCUUUUAUGCAUCACAUACAAAUACACACAUUCAUUUAGAAUCAGUGUCCGAAUUUCG